AACAUUCGUCAGUUACGCCCAGAUGUGGAUACUCCUUUACUAAGAUUGCUAGCCGCGCUCGUGCAUCGUAUAUAAAUUAAAGCAUGACGUUUUCCUCGUUCAAAGGUCUACAAAGCAUCGAGCUCGACACUUAUGAAGCUGUUUGUUUUUAUAGGUUUGUCAGCAGUUUUCUGCAAUGCUGCUGAGUGGCAGGACCGACGGUUUCCUGAUGACUUCCUGUUCGGAGCUGCAACUGCCGCUUACCAGAUAGAAGGGGGAUGGAACGCUGAUGAUAAAGGCGAAAAUAUUUGGGAUCGUCUGACUCACACCAAUCCUGGCUUCAUCGCAGACCGAAGCAAUGGCGACAUCGCUGCCGACACAUACACUAACUAUAGAACAGAUGUGGAAAUGAUGAGACAACUCGGUUUGGACGCUUACCGUUUCUCAGUAUCCUGGUCGAGAAUCUUACCCGACGGUUUGUCCAACAAAGUUAGUUCAGCUGGCCUUGCUUUUUACAACAACUACAUCGAUGAAAUGGUGAAGUACAACAUUACGCCGAUGGUCACGUUGUACCAUUGGGACUUGCCCCAGAAGAUACAAGAUUUAGGCGGAUUCAUGAACCCCCUAUUCCACGAGUGGUUCGAGGAUUACGCUAGGAUCGUUUUCGAAAAUUUUGGUGACAGAGUCAAGCAUUGGAUCACGUUCAACGAACCUAGGGAAAUCUGUUACGAAGGCUACGGUUCUGAUACUAAAGCUCCUGUUCUAAAUAGAACUGAUAUUGGAACGUAUUAUUGCGCAAAGAAUCUAGUCAUAGCUCACGCGAAGGCUUAUUACGCAUAUGUGAAUGAUUUCAAGCCGAAACAGGGCGGCGUGUGUGGUAUUACAAUCAGCGUUAACUGGUUUGGACCUUUAGAUGAUACUGCAGAUGAUCUAUUGGCUGCUAAAAUCAAGAGACAAGUAGAGUGGGGUCUAUAUGCUGAGCCAAUUUUCUCUGAAAAUGGAGGAUUUCCCACAGAGCUCUCCGAAAUAGUUGCAAAGAAGAGUGCUGAACAAGGCUACAAGAAAUCCCGUAUACCAGAAUUUACUGAAGAAGAAAGGAAACUGGUGCAAGGCUCCUCCGAUUUCUUUGGAGUGAACCAUUAUUCUGCAACACUGGUGUCUGCUACUAAGCAUAAGCAGCUGUAUCCUGUACCCUCACUCCUGGAUGAUGCUGGAGUCGGGAUCUACCGUCCACCAGAAUGGCCGGAAUCAGCUUCGUCUUGGUUAGCGAUGGCCCCAAAAAGCAUGUACAACGCUCUAACUCACCUUAAGAAUAAAUACAACAACCCAACUAUUUACAUAACCGAGAACGGUUGGUCAGAAACUCCUCACGAUGGGAACUACAUCGAUGAUGGAAGGGUGCGGUACUUCAGAGCAGCGUUGAACGAUGCUUUAGACUCGUUGGAAGCUGGUGUCGACCUUCGAGGAUAUAUGGCAUGGAGUCUGAUGGAUAACUUUGAAUGGAAUCAAGGUUAUUUGGAACGUCUUGGUAUCUACGAAGUGAAUUUCGAAAGCGAAUCGAGAGAACGUCGGCCGAGGAAAUCCGCGUUUAUUUACAAGCAGAUAAUAAAGACAAGAGUGAUUGAUCCGAACUACGAGCCUGAGUCAUAUCACAUGUCGAUAGAUGAAGGACACUAAAUUUAGGACAUCUAUGAGAGAGAGGAAAAUAAAGAGACAAUAUUUUGAGACCGAUUUCACCACGUGAUAAGUGUCGGAUAACAUAUUCACAACCAGAGGCGUGUAUAGCUAACGCAGCGCCAGGGUCCAUUCAUCACUUAAGACCCUCUAGUACCUAAGCGUGCUGAGCACUGUUAAAAUGGAAUAUGUACUUACAAACAGCACUUCAACUUAACACAGCUGUCUGUGUAGCAAACUAAUUCCUUUGUGUUUGCUUAUUUUCAAAAGUAAACAACUAGCUGGGUACACUAGGUCUAGCAGUAGUAAAUUUUUAGAACUGUGAUAGUUUUAGUUUAGAUGUAAGUUAUGUAACACCCACUGUAAUUACACGGAUAAAAUGAACUUUAUGGAUGUAAAGGUUAACAAAACAAAAAUAACUGAAAACAACUUAAAAAAAAGUAUUCGAAAACAAAACAGUGGUGCUCGGGCGCCCCUGAGAUCGCGGCGCCCGGGUGCAACGCACCUCUUGCACUAUAGGUAAAGACGCCUCUGUUUGACGUUGUCUGUACCUAUCAUCAGUACAUAUAGAUAAAAUUUAAGUGUCUGUCUGUGAUUUUAAAUGACUGUGUUGAUGCGAUGCGUCCGAUACGUAAUCGUACGAUGCGGAUCUGUGAACUACCAUAAGAUAUACGUAAAAUCAUUUUUAUUUAGGUGAUAAAUAAAAUAUUAAGAUCUUUA